AUGCUCUAUAUAAAGCCAUUCACCCUGAUUAACAAUAGGUACUCCAUUCGUUAUCUUGAGGAGUCUGGAGGGCAAGGUUCCGUUCGUCUCGCGAUGGACACCCAAUUGGAGACUUGGGUCGCAGUGAAAAUCUCGCCUGUUGAUUCGGGAGCAUCGCAAGAGGGUGAUGUUUAUGCAAAGCUUGGCCCUCAGCCAGGUUUUUUGGCCGUCCUCUGGUCGGGCACACAGGAUGGGGUUCAUCUUCUUGUGAUGGAUCGCCUCUUGUGCACUCUACACAAGUUUCUAGAUUUUGCACUGCUCAAACGGAUACGGCUACCCGCGGAAGAUAUAAUGGCGGCGAUUGCAUUCACACUCUCACCCCUUCGGAUACUGCAUGAGCACGGCUUCGUCCACUGCGAUAUCACGCCAUUCAAUAUAGGAUAUAAGAACGCGCGCCCACACCACCCCCUGUGUCUCUUUGACCUUGCGUCCGCUGUCCCCUAUGUUGACUCGGACGGCUGUCAUGUGGAAUGGCAAGAGGUUGACGGUCGGACUCUGUAUCUAAGUUCGGAAUUUUCAUCUGUCAACAUACAACUGGGACAAACUCCGUCUCGACGCAAUGAUCUGGAAUCUUUAGCAUACACUGCGGCAUAUGCUCUUCGGUAUCCCAAACCGCUCCCGUGGAGUCAUCUGUGUAACCUGUUUGGUGCAGACAGGAAGAUCGCUCGGAUGAAGAAGGAGUGCAGUAACUCAGAGCUUUUUGGGGCCUUUUCUUGCUUCGCUUUACUUUUGGAUUAUGCACGAGGCCUCGGGUUUACCGAAGAGCCUGAUUAUGACUAUCUGAUUGGCGCGUUUCAGUCGGCAUUGAGAUGA